AUGCUGAGAGUUUCUCACUGCUGCCUUGGUGGGCGGGUCGCUCUCUACAUAAAGUAGGUCCCUGGCGGCCGUGGACGAACACUUGUUGCCGAGUCUCGGCCACAUCGAGGAAUCCCGCCACACACACACACAAAACCACCAAGGAGCGAUGCCCACCAGCGUUUGGCUACUUGUGCUGCCGUGCCUGCUCGCCCCGGGACUGGAGGCGGCCGGUCGGCGCAGCCGCCGGGAGUUGAGUCCGGGACUGCACCGGGCCGGGCUCCGGGACCCCGGCGGCUCUUACUGCCGGCGCCUGGGCUCCUGCUGCCCCGGGCGGGACGACGCCUGCACCGUACCUUACAUCGACACCAUCUGUUACUGCGACCUCUUCUGUAACCGAACCGUGUCCGACUGUUGCCCCGACUUCUGGCCCUUCUGCAUGGGCACCCGGCCCCCCUUCCACGCCGGACACGAGUGCACAAGGAACGGACUGCAAUAUCCCAUCGGGGCCACCUACAAAGACAACUGCAAUCUGUGCACCUGCAGCAGCGGCCGGUGGGCGUGUGAGCAGCAUGCGUGUCUCGUCAAUGACGAAAUGAUCAGUGGCGUCAACCAAGGCAACUAUGGAUGGAAAGCUUCAAACUACAGCCAGUUCUGGGGUCUGACUCUGGACGAAGGGAUCCAGUAUCGACUGGGCACCCUGCGGCCCUCCAGCACCGUGCUGAACACCAACCAGCUGAAUGUGAACAUGGACAGCAACGAGGUCCCACCCAAGUAUUUCAACGCAGCAGAUAAAUGGCCGGGGAUGGUCCACGAACCCAUGGACCAAGGCAACUGUGCAGCAUCCUGGGCCUUCUCCACAGCAGCUGUGGCCUCGGACAGAAUCACCAUCCAGUCCAUGGGUCACGUGAAGGCGACCCUGUCACCACAGAACCUCAUCUCCUGCAAUAGGCGGAGGCAGCACGGUUGCCAUGGCGGCCGCAUCGACGGGGCCUGGUGGUACCUCCGACGUCGGGGGGUGGUGUCGGACAGCUGCUACCCCUUCUCCAGCCCAGGCAGCCAUCAAAGCGAGAACCACUGUAUGAUGUCCACCCGAUCGGCCGGCCGUGGCAAGCGGCAGGCGACCAUGCCGUGCCCCAACUCCUACAGCCACACCAACCACAUCUACCAGACCACUCCGCCCUACCGCCUCUCCAAUGACGUGAAGGAGGUCAUGAAGGAGCUCAUGGAGAAUGGGCCUGUCCAAGCCCUGAUGGAGGUACAUGAAGAUUUCUUUGUGUACAGAAGCGGAGUGUACAGGCACACACCCGUGAUGGGCGACAGACCAGAGAAUUUCCGUCGGCACGGGACGCACUCCGUGAAGAUUACAGGAUGGGGUGAGGAGCAAGGAUACAACGGAGCGAUUCGUCAAUACUGGGUUGCAGCCAACUCGUGGGGACGGAACUGGGGGGAGAACGGAUACUUCAAGAUAGCUCGGGGCGAGAAUGAGUGCGACAUUGAGACCUUCAUCCUGGGAAGUUGGGGUCGGGUGACCAUGGAGGACAUGCAUCGGAAGUGAGGUGCUCCACAUCCCUGGCCGUGGCCCAAACAUCUCCAAUCUGGAAAAGACUCCUCCGUCAAGUUAACCCCCUUUCUCUCCCCCCCCCCCCCCCCAUCUGCAAAGCUCUCACUAUCCAACAGUAUUAAACAGUGUUAUGUGGCUCAUCAUGAGCAAGUUCUGUCAGACAGUUUGUGACAGAACAACCAAGAAAACAUCACUCCUUACAUGACACACGGUGCUCCAGAAAACCCACAGAGCGAUAACGAGCAACAAACCAUGAACCUCUGGGUGCGGCUCUGAUCUGGUGCAACAUUGCUAUGGAAAAGGUCACUGGUGCACUGUGGAAGGCGUUCCGGUGCUCCAGCAUCCACGGGAAUGUGUCAAGACCCUCUUGCCUCCUAGUGUGCUUUGGUUGGGGUUGUGAACAGUGUGCGAAUUGACCCAGAUGGUCUGGUUUGGGAAUGUGACAUUGCACUGGGCAAGUUGUGACAGGAAGCACAGAGGAGAGGGGG